AUGCCUCACAUGAUCCCCUCCUCUCAAAUGCCUCCUCAUAUCCCCAUCUCCACUCCUAUUCCCCACUCCAUGGCCCACUCCAUGCCCCCCCAUUCCCUCCCCAACAUAACAUCAGCGGCCAACAAUCCCAUGUCGAGCCCCAGACAUCAUGGCAGCAUCAUGUCGUCAGGGCAGCACAUGACACAUGCCCCUCCUCCACCUCCUCCUGCCCCUCAUGAUGGAUCCCCCCACCAGGCACCCCUCACCCCCCUCUCUAACACCCCAUCCCAUCCCACCACCCCCACCACCUUGGAACUCCCUAGCUCCUUGAUACCGCCUGUACAACACCAACACCAACUCCAACAACACCACCAGCACCACCAACAACAACAGCAACACCACCAACAACAACUACACCAACAUCUACAACACCUACCACCCGUUAUCCCCCACCAUCAUCACCAUCACCACCAUCCCGCCAACUACUUACCACCAUCGUCGGGGUCACCGAGUACUUCCUCAUCCUGCGGGGACGUGUCAAUGGGGAGCCAGGGGACGGCCUCCCCACACCACUGGGACAUGAAACCAUCCUACAUGUAUCCCUGUUUAUUCACAUCCCCAAAAUCCCCUCUCAUCCACACCCCCAUUCCUCAUCCUCAUUCCCCACCCUCCCCAGGGGGAGUUGACCCCUGGCUUCCGGCCUGCGGUCUCCCCGCACGCGAGCGAGUAACCUUUGACCUCACAUCCCCUCUGCCUCCCCCUUCCCCUCUGCCUCCUCUUCCCCUCUGCCUCCCCUUCCCCUCUGCCUCCCCUUCCCCUCUGCCUCCCCUUCCUCUCUGCCUCCCCUUCCCCUCUGCCCUUAGCCUCAUCCAAUUCCCCUCUGAUCCCCUUCUUCCCCGUAACCUCUUCGCUCACACUUCCCCUCUGCCCCUCACACUCCCCUAG